AUGGCAUCUCAUCACAAUGUCUCCCCUGAGCAGGGCAAGCGAACAUGGUACCACACUACCUUGUUCAAUGCCUUCGUGAUCGGUGGAGUAGGCUUUCUAGCCCCUGGGUUGUGGAAUGCGAUGAGUUCGCUUGGUGCUGGAGGUGCAGAAUCGCCAUUCUUGAUCAACGCUGCCAAUGCACUGGUGUUUGCUCUGAUGGGCUUUCUGUGCAUCUUCGGCGCACCAAUUGCCAACCGCAUUGGCUUGAAUUGGACGCUGUUGCUGGGGGCAGUAGGAUACCCGAUUUAUUCCGCAGCAUUGUAUACGAAUAACCGUUAUGGUAAUGUCUGGUUCGUGCUUCUCGGAUCGGUUGCAUGUGGUCUAUCAGCCGGUCUGUUCUGGGCCUCCGAGGGUGCGGUAGCACUUGGGUACCCGGAGCCGGGCAAACGCGGCAAGUAUAUGAAUAUCUGGCUUUGGUUCCGAACCGGCGGACCCAUCUUGGGUGGUGCUAUCGUCCUGGGACUGAAUCACACCCCUGGGGGCAAAGGCAAGGUUCAGCCUGAGGUGUAUCUCAUUUUUGUUGCACUGCAAUGCCUGGCUGUCCCUGUCGCGUACUUCCUCUCGCCUCCCGAAAAAGUUCAACGUAGCGAUGGCAGUCCGGUCAGAGUCAUUGCACAGGGCUCAUGGCGCGCUGAGAUAUACGAGCUCUGGAAGCUCUGCCGUCAGAAGCAUGUCCUCUUGCUACUGCCUGUGUUCUGGGCAGCUUACUUCAACCAGUAUUCUGGCAAUUUUGAAACAUAUUACUUCAACGUUCGAGCUCGAGCUCUCAUGGGUUUUGUUAGCAAUUUUGCCAGCCUGCUAUCAUCUUGGAUCAUCAGUCGAUUCCUGGAUUACAAAGGUCUUCCGGUCAAAAGCCGCAUCACUUAUAGCUUCUACUAUGUCAUCGUCGUCCACGUCGCUGCCUGGACUUACGGCUGGGUCGUUCAGGAACAAUUCACCGCCAAUGCACCAGUUCUGGACUGGACGAGCAAAGACUUUGUCAAGGGGUUCUUUGUUCUGAUUCUCUGGCAGUUCUCCCAGCAAGCUCUACAGAACCUUAUGUACUAUCUGGUCUCUACCAUGACCGACAAUAUCACCGAGCUGGCGCGUUACUCGGGUAUUCUUCGCGGUCAGGAGAGUUUUGCUCAGGCUGUCUCCUUUGGCCUCAACACACGCGAUUGGUAUGGCGGACGGGUUCCUCUGGCAGUGAACACGAUUCUCCUGGGUCUUGCCGUAGUCCCCACGUGGCUAGUCAUUAAGGACCAUACUCCUAUUGAGCACAGCAAGGAUGAGCUUAGCUCGUCCAGGGGGGAUGAUGAAGAGAAGGGGCCUGAGGUUAGAUCUCUCGAUGGCGGGAGAGAGGGCGGAUAUGUGGUGAGGGAGUCGACUGUGACAAAGACGGCCUAG